AUGAAGCAGAGGCGGAAAAACCAGUUUGCAAUACAUCAACGCCGUGGAGCCAUGAAACAAGCUAAGGUUCAUAAUGUCAAGUGUCAUGAGUUCAUAGCCACCUUCUUCCCUCAGCCAACAUUUUGCUCCGUCUGUCAUGAAUUUGUUUGGGGGCUUAACAAGCAAGGUUAUCAAUGUCGACAGUGCAAUGCUGCCAUUCACAAGAAAUGCAUUGAUAAAGUUAUCGCUAAGUGCACUGGAUCUGCAGUCAACAGCAACGAAACAGUACUCCAUAAAGAAAGAUUUAAAAUAGACAUGCCUCACAGAUUUAAAGUGUACAAUUAUAAGAGCCCAACAUUCUGUGAACACUGUGGGACACUUCUCUGGGGACUGGCAAAGCAAGGACUAAAGUGUGCGGAAUGUGGUAUGAACGUCCAUCAUAAGUGUGAAAAUAAAGUAGCAAACCUAUGUGGGAUAAAUCAAAAGUUAAUGGCAGAAGCUUUGGCCAUGAUAGAGAGUACACAACAGCAAAAAACAGAGUCCCAAGGCAUUUUUUGGGAGUCCCCAGUGGAAGAAGCCAAAUGCCCAGAAACUACAGCUGAGCCUGGGACAGAGACUAGAAGGAUAGAAGAGGAACCACGCAGCCACAUCACACUGUCAUUCAAUGACUUUAUUCUCCAUAAAAUGCUGGGAAAAGGAAGUUUUGGAAAGGUUUUUCUUGCAGAGCUGAAGGGAACCGACCACUUUUUUGCUGUUAAAGUCCUAAAGAAAGAUGUUGUGCUCAUGGAUGAUGAUGUUGAAUGCACCAUGGUGGAGAAAAGAGUUCUUUCUCUGGCAUGGGAACACCCUUUCCUGACACAUCUAUACUGUACAUUUCAGACUAAGGAGAACCUGUUUUUUGUCAUGGAAUAUCUCAAUGGUGGGGAUCUCAUGUUCCAUAUCCAAAGCUGCCAGAAGUUUGACCUCCACAGAUCAAAGUUUUAUGCUGCAGAAAUCAUCUGUGGCCUCCAGUUUCUUCAUUCCAAAGGAGUGGUUUACAGGGACCUGAAGCUAGAUAAUGUGCUCUUGGACAUGGAAGGACAUGUGAAAAUAGCUGACUUUGGAAUGUGUAAAGAGAGCAUGUUUGGUGAUAUUAAAACAAGCACAUUCUGUGGGACCCCUGACUAUAUUGCUCCAGAGAUUUUAUUAGGACAGAAGUACAGCUAUUCAGUUGAUUGGUGGUCUUUCGGAGUACUCCUCUAUGAAAUGUUAAUUGGCCAGUCUCCAUUCCGCGGCAUAGAUGAAGAACAGUUGUUUCAGUCUAUACGCAUGGAUGACCCAUUUUAUCCCCGUUUUCUUAGCAAGGAAGCUAAAGAUAUAUUAAUCAUGCUUUUUGUCAGAGAACCAGAAAAAAGGCUUGGAAUAAAAGGCAACAUCAGGCAGCAUUGCUUCUUCCAAGACAUUGAUUGGGAGAAAUUGGAGAAGAGACAAAUAGAACCACCAUUUAAGCCUAAAGUGAAAUCGGCAAAUGACUGCAGUAACUUUGAUAAGGAAUUUUUGAAUGAGAAAGCAAGAUUAUCAAGCACAGACAGAACAUUGAUCAGCAGUAUGGACCAAACUAUGUUCAGCAAGUUCUCAUUUGUAAAUCCCAAAAUGGAAGAAAUCAUCCGUUGA